AUGGUGAACAAAGGAAAGAGACGGGACUAUCGUGGAUCCUCUGGGAAUCCUCAACAACCUCAUGAUGCUGAAGAGGCAGAGAAGAGUCUCUCCAGAUCAGAACACCUCAAUAAACACCUGCAGAGAUCCACAGGGAAGAGAACUCACUGCUGCUCUGACUGUGGGAAGAGAUUCACCUCAUCAGGCAUUAAAAUUCAUCAGAGAACACACACAGGAGAUAAACCAUUUAGCUGUGUUCAAUGUGGGAAGAGUUUUGGUCAAUCUUGCCAUCUGAUUCGACACCAGACAAUACACACAGGAGAGAAACCUUACAGCUGUGAUCAAUGUGGGAAGAGUUUUGGUCAUUCUGGCAAUCUGACUCAACACCAGAGAACACACACAGGAGAGACACCUUAUAGCUGUGGUCAAUGUGGGAAGAGUUUUGGUGCAUCUAGCACUCUGACUAUACACCAGAGAACACACACAGGAGAGAAACCUUACAGCUGUGAUCAAUGUGGGAAGAAUUUUGGUCGAUCUGGAGAGCUGACAGUGCACGAGAGAAUACACACAGGAGAGAAACCUUAUAGCUGUGAUCAAUGUGGGAAGAGUUUUACUACAUCUGGCAAUCUGACUUUACACCAGAGAAUACACACAGGAGAGAAACCUUAUAGCUGUGGUCAAUGUGGGAAGAGUUUUACUCGGUCAACCAACCUGAUAUCACACCAGAGAACACACACAGGAGAGAAAUCUUAUAGCUGUGGUCAAUGUGGGAAGAGUUUUGGUGCAUCUAGAACUCUGACUAUACACCAGAGAACACACACAGGAGAGAAACCAUAUAGCUGUGAUCAAUGUGGGAAGAGUUUUGUUCAAUCUGGCCAUCUGACUCUACACCAGAGAACACACACAGGAGAGACACCUUAUAGCUGUGGUCAAUGUGGGAAGAGUUUUGGUGCAUCUAGCACUCUGACUAUACACCAGAGAACACACACAGGAGAGAAACCUUAUAGUUGUGGUCAAUGUGGGAAGAGUUUUACUACAUCUAGCAAUCUGACUCUACACCAGAGAACACACACAGGAGAGACACCUUAUAGCUGUGGUCAAUGUGGGAAGAGUUUUGGUGCAUCUAGCACUCUGACUAUACACCAGAGAACACACACAGGAGAGAAACCUUAUAGUUGUGGUCAAUGUGGGAAGAGUUUUACUACAUCUAGCAAUCUGACUAUACACCAGAGAACACACACAGGAGAGAAACCUUACAGCUGUGGUCAAUGUGGGAAGAGUUUUACUACAUCUGGCCAUCUGACUCUACACCAGAGAAUACACACAGGAGAGAAACCUUAUAGCUGUGGUCAAUGUGGGAAGAGUUUUGGUGCAUCUAGCACUCUGACUCUACACCAGAGAAUACACACAGGAGAGAAACCUUAUAGCUGACAAGAGACAAAGAUCUCUGAUCAAAGGAGUUAUUUCGUGAUAUCAAUGAAAUGAUGUCACAAUGUAGAAUGUUUUAACAUUGUAGUAGGACUAUUUUAAUGAUGUCAUAAUGUAGAACCCUAAAUGUUUGUCCCCUGUUCUAUUGAUUUCAGCAUGAUAUGGAUAUUAGCAUCAGGGGGAAAAUCCAGGCUCUGAAAUGAAAGAGUACUAUUUAUGUGAUUUAACAAAAAGUGACUAACACAAAAAGAGCUGUGUUACAUUUACCGUGUUGGUGACCCACUUGAAUCAAAAUGCAACACCUCAAAAUGUAGCUAGCCGUUUUCUACAAGUUGUCCUCUAACCAGGGAUGUACACAUUACUCCCAGAUUCCGUUUGGUUUUUGAGCUAUUAGUUUUAACAGGACGUGCAACCUCAUCUCCAUCCUGUCACACAGUUGAUUUCAACAUGAUAUCGAUGAGUGAUGACAAAUAAGUGUUGCGUUCCUUUGUUUAGCGACCCCUAAAUUUAAAUGCAUCACUCCAAAAUGCAGGUUGUCCUCUAACCAGUGAGGUAAAAUAUAUCUUCCAUUUCCAUGUGUUUUUUUAGUUCCAUGUGUUCCAAGGGGACGAGAGUUCUAGAAUCUAGUGAGUUUUAGGAAGACAAGAAUUCUAGAAGCUAGUUUUGAAAAGCUAGAAAAAUACGUUUUUUUUCUUGUUUUUAAUUGUUGAUGGUCAGUAGACACCAUUUUUAUAUUGGUGAAGGUGAAGCAUUGUAGUUGAUUAUAAUGUGAAAUGGAAGUUGUUUUCUGUUGGUGGUGAGCAUUCUCUUAAGGGGGGAAGGUGUUACAGUCUUUGGUUUUUCAUUUAUGUUUUGAGGUUGGACUUUUCCACGUCUAGCUCGUUAGCACGUAGGGCGCACUGAUUGGUGUCACCUCGUUAUUCAGUAUGUGUUACACCUGUGCUGGCUUGUCCAUCUCGUUAGUGGGAAGGUGUUUCACCUGAGCUGGUCCAGGUUCUAUUUAAGAGUGUCUGGCCCAGUGCUCCAGUUGUCUUGAUAGAUGUGGAGAGUCAACACCUUUAGUUGCUCCACCUUUUUGGUUUGCUUCCUGUCUUUAAGUUUGGUGUGGGUUUUUUCUUUUGUUUGCGUCUUCUUGGGCAGAUUUAGUGGGUCUCAUGGUGGGUGUCUUUUAGGUCCCAGUUGUUGUUACUAGUCAACUUUCAGUGGACACUGAGAGCAAAACUGCAACAUUAUGUUAUAAUACUUUUAUUGCAUCAACUGGUUGUUUUAUGCAACAGAAUAGAGGGUUCCUAGAACUAUUGUGUCUGUGUGUUCUACUGCGGAUGGGCCUCUGGGAGAUAACACUGACAGGAGAUUUACAAUGUCUUUUGGGUGAUUAAAACCUAAAGAGACCACAUUCCAGGGCAUGAGUUACUGUUUCUGUUCUAUAUGGUACCAGGGAGAGAUGAACCCCUCCUAAAAAAAAAAUACCUUGAAUUUUGCAUUGCAUCCAAUAAUAUUUUAAUCAAUGGCAUUUCCUUAGGCUGCUCAUUAGUCUUUCAGUUGUUAGUUUUCUGUUUGUUGUGUACUAAAUAUUUCAUUUUUUUAUUUGUUUUUUCUUGUGAAGCCAUUGUGUUGCAUCCAUGUCUGAAAUGUGCUGUAUAAA